GUGUCCCAUCCGUACAUGUUGCACGGCUCAGCAGAGUCCCAUUGCUGGUUUAGAGACUCAUCUUUAGGAGAGAAGUACGCAGAAAAGACGGUUCGCAGUUUAUACAUCCUGUACACGUAGUUAGUAGGACUAGCCAUGUCAGAAACAGCAGAGCUCAAGAAGCUCGUAAAACAACUGCAAAAUUCAUCCACAAAUGAGGAAAUUAGCUCUAUUCUACGUAUUCUCAAGAAAGAGUAUCAAGUAAAUGAAGCCAUCUUAAGGGAGAGCAAGGCGGGGUUGGCUGUGGGCAAACUGCGUUCGCAUGCAGCGAAGGAGGUUUCAGACCUAGCGAAGGAGGUCGUCAAGAAAUGGAAAAAUGAGGUCGAGCGAGCAAAGAACGGUGGCACUUCCAGCAAGGCGCCCAACGGCGAUUCCGCAAAAGCGCGAAAAGCUUCAUCUGUAUCUGUUACCCCUUCAACGACAUCCGUCACUCCCACGCCAGUCAGUGCAAAGGGUGAAGUGCGCACAGCCAAAGGCGAUAGCAUCAAAGUCCCAUCAACAGGCGAUAAGACGCGCGACAAAUGCAUGGAGCUGAUAUACGAUGCUUUGGCUUGUGACUCGGGCGCUCCCAGCGAACAAAUAUUAGGUCGAGCACGCGCUAUCGAAAGUGCUGUGGUAGCGCAAUUCAGCGGGCCCAGUGUAGAAUACAAGAGCAAAAUCCGAAGCUUAUUCGUCAAUCUGAAGGACAAGAACAACCCUGGUUUGCGGGAAAGUAUUGUCAGCGGUGAUCUCUCAGUAGAAAAGUUUGGCAAAAUGUCCAGCGCAGAAAUGGCAUCAGAGGAAAGAAAGGCAGCUGAUAACAAAAUUAAGGAGGACAACUUCUUUAAAUCACUGGGUGCUGCAGAACAGGAAGCUGAAACCGAUGCCUUCCAGUGUGGUAGAUGUAAACAGCGAAAAUGCCGCUAUCGUCAAGCACAAACACGCAGUGCUGAUGAGCCUAUGACGACCUUUGUCACAUGCGUCAACUGCGGCAACAGGUGGAAAUUCUCGUAGAUUACUCUCAAAAUUAAUACGCUCGUUCUUUAUUUUUGCAUCCAUGUUUAAUUUACUCUCUUUGUGGUUUAUCUUUAUCUGAGCUUAUUGCCCUUCACUCAUGUAUACCUGAAUUGCACAUGUUUUCCAUAUUCAUAACUU